AUGGGCAGCGCCGUGGAGCCCUGGCGGCCAGCGGAGCGAGUUUUUUCAGGACGACCCGGGCCGGAGGGCGAGACACCGGCGCAGGCGCCCGCGGAGACCCGGUGGUGGCGGCGGUUCGCGGCUGCCCUCGCGCCGGGGACUUUGCAGGCGGGGAGGCGAGGUUAUCACCGCCGCCGAGGGGAGGAGCAGAGGGAGGAGCGGGAGUGGGAGGAGGGGACAGAGGAGGCCGGGCCCGCAGGGAGAGCGUGUCGGGCCGAGGAGGAUCGCGAGCGCCCACUGCUGCCCGGUCCGCUCCGGUGCUGCCCCGGGGUCGGGUCGACUCGGAGUCCGGCUCGCCACGCAGCUCCCAGGGCGGCCGGGCAGGGCUCGGGAAAUCCCACGGACAGGGAAGGCGAGGUCCUAACCCGGAGCCCAAGUCUUCCUCCACUCCCCGGCCUCGCCGGGUCCUCCCACGUGCGUCAGCGCGGCCGAUCUCCGUCAGGGCAGGUGCCCACCUUAGGCAUCGGUUGCUCCCUGCGCCGCUCAGGAAGCGAGGGGAGCCAUCCACUCGCACCGCAGUCGGACCCGGACGCCGGCGGCCGGGCAGCCGGAGCGAGGAUCCGCGCGAGGAGCCGGCUCCCCAGCGCUCGGUGUCGCCAUUGAACACUCCCUCCCUCUUCGGUUUCGCGUCCCCGGAGCGGAUGCGGAUUCAUCCGGAGAAUGCAGAGCUUUUUAGCUCUGCCUUCUCUAGGGCAUCGGGUUUGCAAACGUGGGCUCUGAAAUUAAGCCGGUCCCCCUGCCCCCUUCCCCCGCGUUCCUGUACCUGGGAAGUUUUGUGUCAGAACUAGACCAGCCUUCAGUCUAAUUUCAGAUGUAAGGUUUCCAGGGACCCAGGGUAGGAAUCCCCUUGGAGAAGCUAGGCUGUUUCUCUAUCCGAGCCCAAACUAGUGGCCCUAAAAGGCAGAUCAGCCAAUAUGUUAAGAAAUUAAAUAAAAGAAAAAGAAAACGUGCCA